UAUGAAAAUAUUGUUGUGCUUUGUAUUUUUUAUAUAUGCUCAAGCUGAAUGCUGUAAGUAUAAUCUCAUAACACUUUAGACUAUUAUCAAUAUGGAAUCUAACAUUAUUGUGAUGAAUGUUGCUAUUGGUAUGAUGGAGAUUGGUUUUGUGAAACAUAUUAAUAUUGCUACACUUUUAUUGCCAUUACUAUUUCAAUUUGGAUUGCCAUAUGUUUAAUCUAUCUUAGUCUCUAUUUUUAUGUUCGAAAUAAAACUAUGCAAAGAAUAGCAUUGAUCCAUAAUAGAGCAGCUAAUGCCUAAAGAGAAAAAAGUGUUAAUAAUAAUUAAAAAAAGAGUGAAAUACUUAAUGAAACAAUUGAAGUAGCUAUGAUGGAUGUUCAAAUAUCAAAUGAUUAAUUAUGA